GGGAGGGGGAACUGGAGCGGCAGGGACGGAUUCACCGCGCGCGCGCUAUCCAGGGAGAGGGAGAGGGAGGGCAUCCUGUGAGGGCGCGAGGCAGGCCGCGCGGCGCGGGGCAUCGUCAUAGAGGCAGUGACAGCACAGUACGGGUUGGGGGGCAGGAGGAGGGGAAAGAAGUGUGAGGGAAAGGCGCGCGCGCGCGCGCGCGGGGGGGACAGGACUAGGCCAGGCCUCUGUUUGAGCCGCGCACCCGUGGGGUGGGAGGGAGGCCCCAAUAUGGAUUCGGGGGAACGCGGCGGAGCUGCGGGAGGAGGCAGCAGCGGCAGCUAUGAAAGCGGCGGCGGCGGGAAGAUCCGGACGCGGCGAUACCACCUGGCAGCGGCCUCCUCGAAGCCUUACCCAAGGAACAAGCAGCAGGGAAUUGUAAAUAUCGUGAAGGAAUCUGUGAAGAGUAUGGUUCCAACUUGGCUUCAGAGAUACUUCAGACAAAACGAAGAAGCAACCCCAAGUGAACAAAGGAGCUUAGAGGAGAGUGUAAACUAUCAUCCUGCCUUUGCAGAUGAUGAUGCUGACAAUACCCUUGAGAUUGAUGGACGAAUUACUCCCGAACCUGCAAGAAUUCCUUUAGAUGAUAUUUUAACAAGACCCUCUCUGCAUCGGAGUCAUCUUAAUUUCAACAUCUUGGAUUCCCCACCACCACUUUGUCAACCCUCCACAUCGUCUGCAUUUCCAAUUAGUAAUUCCGGACUUUCACUUGGAAAGGAAAUGAAAGAUUCUACCUCUCAGCACGAUGAUGACAACAUCUCAACUACAAGUGGCUUCUCUUCAAGGGCAUCUGAUAAAGAUAUAGCUGUUUCAAAAAAUGCUUCAGUACCACCGCUUUGGUCUGCAGAGAUGGAAAGACCUGUCUCCCUUUCUCAGCAUUCAGCCACCAGCUCUAAAAAGCCUGGGUUUAAUCUGUCUACCUUUGGAGCGCUGUCCCCUUCACUUGGUAACACAUCCAUUUUCAAGACAAGCCAACUGGGGAAUUCUCCAUUUUAUCCUGGGAAAACCAUGUAUGGUGGUGCAGCUGCAGCAGCAAGACAGUCUAAAGCACGGAUUACUCCUUAUCAAACACCAGUAAGAAGGCAAAUGAAAGCCAAGCAGGUGAAUGCACAAUCUUACGGAGUGACAAGUUCCACUGCACGACGCAUCUUGCAGUCUCUGGAGAAGAUGUCAAGCCCAUUAGCAGAUGCCAAAAGAAUUCCCUCUUCUAUUUCUUCUUCAUUGUCAUCUCCUGUAGAAAGGAGUAUGCUAAAUAUCACCGGCUUCCAUUCACCAAGGAAAAGGGCUGAAUCCCAUUAUCCUCCAGUCCAGAAGCUUGUGACACCGAAGACUGUUUCCCUGUCAAUGAGUCGUUCACAAUAUUUUAAACCAUCUCUUACAUCUGCUGCUGAAUCAGGCAGGAUCCGACAGAGAAUAGAGAUAAACCAUAAGGGAGCGCAAGAGAAAAAUCUGGUAGUAGAUCAGCAAACAGAAUUGUCAGAUAGCAGUGUCACAAACCCCAGGUUCAGUACUUCUGCAACCAAUGGACUUUCUCCUGCAGCAGGAGGCAGUGGUGGUGGCAAGAUGAGAAGGGAAAGAGGUGUCCACUAUGUAUCAAAAUCUGCACAAGAGGAGGAGAUGGAGAUGCCAGUACUACCAGAAAUAUCUUUACCCAUCAGUACAUCAUCUUUGCCAAACUUCAGCUUUGGCUCUCUUGUUAGUACUACUGUUUCAUCUUCACCUGUCAGCGCUGCACAAUCAGUGGCUCAAAAGGUGCAACCAGCCAGUAAUGCUAGCAGUCCUGUGUUCAGAUUUUCAUCUCCAAUUGUAAAAUCUACAGAAGCAGAAGUGCUGCCAUCUGUGUUUGUUGGUGGGUUCAAAUUUAGUGUUCCUGUUGCAAAAUCAUCUGAUCCUGCAGGACCCAAGGAUACUCCAGUGUUGCCUCUGAUAAAUGCAGCUAUCAAUAAUAUCAGCAAUAAGAGAGCAAAUGAGUGUGAUGGUCCCUUUAAGCCUGCAAAAGUCUUGAAAGAAGGAAGUGUGCUGGAUAUUUUAAAGGGCCCCGGCUUUGCUUCUCCAACCACGUACUCUUCAGCAGCUACUCCGCCUGUUGCAGCAAGCACAGUAGUUUAUACAAGGCCUGCAAUAAGUAGUUUCUCUGGAGUGGGUUCAGGACUUGGAGAUACUUUGAAACAAGGAUCAACCUAUUGGCAGUGUGAUACAUGCCUUGUACAAAAUAAGCUGGCAGAUAACAAAUGCAUAGCCUGUCAAGCUGCUAAAGUGCCAGCAUCAGACACUACUAAGCAGACUGGUAGUUUAACUCAGAACAUCACUGUCAAAUCAGCUGUUUCUUCAACGGGGACACAGGGCUUUGGAGAUAGGUUUAAGGCAGCAGCUGGAACUUGGGACUGUGAUACUUGUUUGGUCCAGAAUAAACCGGAAGCUACAAAAUGUGUGGCCUGUGAGACACCAAAACCUGGAACAGGAGUAAAACCAGCUCUUGUGUUGCCUGCGGUGGCAGACAAUGCAACAACAGUGACUUCCUCUUCUGGCUCCACUGAUCUUACAGUCAGUUUAGGAUUUGGAGACAAAUUCAAGAAGCCACAAGGUGCUUGGGAAUGUUCUGUGUGCUUAGUGUCAAAUAAGGCAGAGGAUAGCAAAUGUGUGGCCUGUCAGUCAGACAAACCAGGAAGUUCAGUGCCUGUGGUGAGUAGCAGUGCUUCCUCAUUACCUGCUCUUUCUGGAGGAUUUCUAGGCUUAGAGAAAUUCAAGAAACCAGAGGGAAGCUGGGACUGUGAAACCUGCUUGGUACAAAACAAAGCAGACGCCACAAAGUGCGUAGCUUGUGAGAGUGCAAAACCAGGCAGCAAGACUGAACUCAAAGCAUUUGGUACUGGUGCUGCUGCUUCUACAGCCCCAUCUACUACAUCAUUCAAAUUUGGUAUUCAAUCAUCAUCCUCAGAAUCACCUCAGAUGUUGGACAAUGCAGGGAAAAACUUCAAAUUUGGAGAGCAAACAGGAUUCAAAUUAGGUAUUACAUCAGAACUGGGAUCAUCUGCAAACAUGAUGACAGGAGGCUUUAAGUUCUCUAAAACAGAAGGGUCCAAACUAGGAAGCUUUCCUUCAGAGUCUGAAUUAGAGGACAGUGUGAAAGAUGGCAAGAAUAACAGCAGCUUCAGUUUUGGACUUCCCUCUGUAGCUAGAAGUACAUCUACAUCAUUUCAAUUUGGAAUAGCUAACCUUGGACAGCAAGAAAAGAAAGAGGGACUUAGCAAGCCUGCUGUAGGAGGUUUCACUUUUGGCACAGGUUCCACAGCCUCUUCAGCUGCAUCUGAGAAUAAAACUGGAAUAAGUGGCUUUAAAUUUGGAAAUACAGAGGAAAAAGAAGCUGCAGUAACUCCCUUUUCCUUUAAGAAAGUAGAGGAGAAGAAUGAUCCUUCAACAAAAGGUAGCUUCUCUUUUGGUAAUGUGGAACCUGUGACUGUCCCUUCUAAUCCUUUCGUGUUUGGAAAGAAAACAGAGAAUGAAGAAUCAAAGGCACAGCCCAUGUUUUCAGUUGGGAAGGCAGAGCAAACCAAAGAUGACAGCACAGGAAAGCCUACAUUUAGUUUCAGCCUGACAAAACCAGCAGACAAAGAAGCUGAACAACAAGCAAAGCCAGCUUUUUCAUUUGGGUCACAAGCAAGCACUGCAAAUCCAGGAUCAGCAAAACCUGCGUUUAGUUUCCUGAGCUCUAACACUUCUUCUAACACUGCUACGCCAAGUGUUUCUGUUGUUGUUGGUGGCAGCGGCAGCAGCAGCAGCAGCAGCAGUAGUAGUGUGUUCAGCAGCACCACCUCUUCUUCAAAUCCUCCACCACGAACCUUUUUGUUUGGACAGGCCAGUGACACUGUGAGCAGCUCUCCUUUUGGUAAUCCCUCUGACUCCAGUACAUCCCAGUCCUUUGGCUUCUCUCAAGAGAGCAAGCCACCAACAACCACCUCCAGUACAAGCACUCCCGCUCCAUUUCUUUUUGGUACAGUAGCCACCACUAGCAGUACAGCCAACACUGGCUUCAGUUUUGCAGCACCCACCACAACAGCAGGCUCUACAGGUUCCUCCUCUUCAUUUGUGUUUGGCUCUGGGUCUUCAGCUUCUGCAACUGGUCCUGCGUUUGGUGCAAGCCAGACACCAACAUUUGGUCAAAGCCAAGGCUCAAGCCAGCCCCCUGCUCCAACCUUUGGGUCACUCUCUUCAUCAUCAUCAUUAUUCCCUACUGGUGCUCAGCCUGGGCCUCCAGCUUUUGGCUCUGUGUCAAGCAGUGCACAGCCUCCUGUCUUUGGACAACAAGCUACCCAACAGCCUGGCUUUGGCUCAAGUGCCGUUCCUAAUUCUGGAUCUGUAUUCCAGUUCGGAAGUAGUACUGGUAAUUUCAACUUUACAGGCAACAGCCCAGGAGUAUUUACCUUUGGUGCAGCUCCUGGUGCACCGGCACAGCCUGCAGGCUCUUCAGGAUUUUCAUUCACCCAGCCAUCAUCAUUUAACCUGGGCAGGAAUAAUGGGAAAAAUAUAUUCACACCUGGAUCUUCACUGACUGGUCGGAAGAUAAAGACGGCUGUUAGGCGUAGAAAAUAAAAAUAUUGUUACAGACAGCGACUCUCUUACCACAGCUGGUUGCCCUGCAUUGUUCAAUUACUGAAUUGUACCUCAUGCUGGGUUUAGCUGAAGCCAGGUCUACCUAAACUCUGCUCACGGUUCCCCCCCUCCCCAUUUAGGUUUUUUAAUAAUUAGAGUUGGUGGCUGGGAAGAUCUUAAGCAAAACUACUUUAGAAUUCAACAGUUUUUCUUCACUGACUUGGCAUGGUCUGGCUAUAGAUAUAAAUAUAGCCUGCACAGCGAAUGGCUUCGUAUAAUACCUCUGUUUGCACCACUUUGUGCGCUCAUCUGCGUUUACUGACACCUCGAAAUUGUAAUUAUAUCAGAAGGGAGUCUGUAUAGAGUAGAGAAUGUGGAUAAUGAGUGAUUUCUAUGCGAAGUUUGUGCUGAUGUACGUGUGAAGUGAGCGAGUUGCGUGUACUGUGCACUAAAAAUUUCUGAUAGAGGAAGAAUGAUUAGUCCAUGCUAAGGACUAGUUAGAUCAGUAGUACUUCAUUCAAUAAUUAGAUGCUCUUUCUAUUUUCAUUCUUACAACUCCUUAUCACCUGUCUCGCGUUUUCAUUAUUUUAUUAUGAAACAAAUGUGUAAAUACAAUUCUGUUUCUCUAUGUACUUUGGCAUAACAAAUCUGUGAACUUGAAAUUUUAAUUUUGUGUGUUACAGCAAAUUUUUGUUUAGUAUUGUCUCAGAUUUUAUUAUGUAAAUCUCAUUAUUCAAAGUUGCCUAAAUCCAUUAAAGACCUUUAAAAUUGGGAAUUCUUAAAGUGAGUUUAUUGGCUUUUCUGAUCCAUUUUUGUUUGGACCAAAAACCAGUAUUGUACAAAGUGUUAAGUAUAUAUUUUUAUAUUUACGAAAAUGGACUCUGGUGACUUUGGAUAAUAAGGAAAAGUUUAAUAUUAAAGCCAUGUUUAUUACAGUAUAAUUAACAUGUUAAACCAUGGGAUAAAUGCCAUCAAUAAAAAUGAUGAAAAGUG